AUGAGCGAUUAAGAAAGGAAUGCAAGUUUUAUAAAAGAGAAAAAUGUUUAAAAAAUAUACAAAUUAAUACCAGAUUCAUUACCAGAUGAAAUGAAAGAGGCUCUAAAAAGUUCUGUUGACAAUUUUGCUUAAGAAAAUGCAGAGCUAGAAAAAAUUGAAGAAUAUGUUUCUAAGAUUAAUUCAGAUGAUAUUAAUAUUUCAUACUAUGGACUAAAUCGAUGUCGAAAAUUAUUGAGCAAUUAAACUUUGUCAACAGAAUCGCUUAUUGAAUAAAUUCUUCAAACAAAUAUUCACAUAAAAAUUUUUGAUAUAGCCAAAAAUAAUAGUGUUCCGUUAUUAAAAUAUGAGGCGCUUUGGAUAAUUUGUAAUUUUGGAUGUGGCACAUAAAAAUAAAUAUAAAAUAUUUUAGAUAAUGAUGGAAUCAAUAUUCUUUUUCUGGCGCUUGAAUCAGAAUUUGAUGAAAUAAUUGAAUUAGGAGUUUGGGCAUUGGCAAACAUUUCAGGAGAUAAUGUUUAAUUUAGAGAUAUGCUUCUCUAAAAAGGAAUAAUUGAACCAUUAAUCAAAUUAGCAAUUAGGUAUAAAACUGAUACUUCUGAAAUCUUCAAAACAAUUAUGUGGGCUAUUAGUAAUUUAGCAAGAGGAAAACCAACCACAAAGAUUGUAAUUUAUUGACUUAAAUUAGUAUUAAAAGGAAUUAUUAUAUAUUCUUUCAGAUAUAAUAAAUAGCAUUGAGAAUGAAGAAUUGUUAAUAGAUGCUUGUUGGGGUUUGAGUUAUUUAAGCGAAUAAGAAAGUCAAAUAAAUACUUUAAUUAGCUAUGGAGUUGUCGAUAAAUUAACUUUACUACUACAAUCUGAAAAACAAAUAAUUAUAAUCCCUGCUUUGAGAAUCAUAGGGAAUAUUUUAACUGGUAACGAGACAUAAACAGAUCAUGUUUUAAACACUGGAGUGUUAUCAAGAUUCGAAGUAUUACUUUAACAUAAAAAUAAAGCAAUUCGAAGAGAAGUUAAUAUUAAUUUAUAUAUAAGGUAUGUUGGUCUAUAUCUAAUAUUGCAGCCGGUAAUGCAACUUAAGUAAAAUAAAUUAUCAGAAAUGAAUCACUUUUAAAGUCCCUAUUUAAAUUAUUAGAAUAAGAUAUCCUAGAAAUUAAAAAAGAAAUAGCUUUUUUUCUGUCUAAUUCUGCUAUUUAUGCAGACUUAGAUGACUUAGAUCAUCUUGUUAUGUCUCAUGAAUUUAUUAAAAAAUUAUCUAACCUUUUAGAUUUGAGUGAUAAAACAAUUAUUUAAGUUAGCCUUGAGGGGAUUUUAGAAUGGAUAAAGAGAGGUAAUAAUUACAUUUCAUUUAGUUCAACAUGAUGAAAAAUUUUAAGUAUACAAAAAAUUGAUUGAGGAUUCUAAAAUUAUUGAAAAAGUUGAAUAACUUUAAAAUCAUUCAUCUAAAGUAAUUUAUGAGAAUGCUUAUAAAAUAUUCGAAAUUUUAUGUCAUGAUCAAGAUAUCGAAGAUAUUUGA